AUGGUUUCCCUCCGCUCCCUCUUUACCGGUGCCGUUGCCCUGAUGGCAACGGCUGCCAACGCGGCUGUCACGCCUCAGCAGAUCACCAAUGCUCUCGGAUCACUCACCCAGAAAGCCAAAGAUCUCAACGCCCCAGCUCAGAGCAUCACUGUCCUCAACCUCCCCUUGAUCAUCAUUGGCCAGGGCCCUUUCCCGCAGACGCUCAUCUCAGGCUUCAGCGACAUUGUCUCAACUGCCAAUGUCUUGAUUUCUCAAUUCGAUGGAACCCGGCCCAUUCAGCGUAGGGGCAGGGCUGCUGCCGGUGUGACUCGGCGCGGGCCUGAUGCCGACCUGUUGGACCGUGGUUACCAAGGACUGCUCAACAUCCUGAUCGAAAAGGCUGGGCUUGUCAAAAAAAUCCCUGUCAUUGGCCAACCGAUGGCUGUUAUGCUUCGCCAGGUUGAGUCGGUUAUCGAUACAAUCACCAUCACCCUCAUCAACCUGACGGAAAGCCGCGCCGAUGAGCUCACGUCCGAGGGUAACUCCCUGAGUGGAGCUUCGAUGUCUGCAUCCGCAAGUACGAGGCUAUCGGCGUUUAACGGGGAACGGCGAGAUUUGCAGUUAAGCCCGGUCAAGCGUGCUGUUUGGGACGGUACUAGGAGGGCCACUGUAGCACGUAUCGACCGUGCCUUGAGUGCAGAUGACCGUCUACCCAGAGAAGACUCUCUGCUUCCCUGGCAUAGCGAUGUACCUCGGUAG